AUGGCAUCAGAAAACUCUCCGUCAGAGUUCGCCAAGCUCGUUCAGUCUAAGCAGACGAGGCAAGCUCGCGUGUGCGGAGCGGACCCUGCGCUGCUGAGCUCCCUGGCAGGCAUCGACGACGCAGAGGUGAUGGUCACCAUCCCCAACGAGCAGCUGGAGCACGUGGCCGAGUUCCAGGAGGAGGCCGACCUCUGGGUCGCCGCCAACAUCGCGCGGUUCCUCCCGGCGACCAGGAUCACGCACGUCGUGGCGGGCGACGACGUGCUGGUGGCAAGCUCCCCGGGCAGCAGCGCCUACUUCCUGGUCCCGGCGAUGCGGAACCUCCGGUCCGCUCUCGCCGCCGCGGGCCUCGGCGACCGCGUCAAGGUGUCCAGCGCGCUGUCCAGCGAGGCGCUGUCGGACCCGGCGUGGUCGGGCGUCGUGGCCCACGUCCUGCGGUUCCUCGAGUCGUCGGGAUCGCCGCUGUUCCUUAAGUCACGGCCGUCGGUGGCCAGCGACGCCAAGGUCGACGCCGCGUACGCCGCGAUGCGCGCGCUGGGCGUCUCACGCAUCCCCGUGAUCGCGGCGGACCUCGCGGCCGGCGGCGGCGUGGCGGUGGUGCCGUACUACUACUACGGCUACGGUUACACGGGUGGUCAGCGGCGGUCGCUGGCGACGGGGACGUUCUGCGUGGCGCUGCAGAACGCUGACCCGGCGGCGCUGCAGGCCGGGCUCGACUGGGCGUGCGGGCCGGGCCACGCCGACUGCUCCGCCAUCCAGCCCGGCGGCGCCUGCUACCAGCAGAACAACCUGCCGGCGCUCGCGUCCUACGCCUACAACGACUACUACCAAAAGAUGGCCAGCACCGGCGCCACCUGCUCCUUCAACGACACCGCCACCACCACAACCAAUGACCCAAGUUCAGGCUCUUGCGUUUUCGCUGGAAGCUCCACGGCGGGAGGCUCCAACUCGAGCGUGCCGGUGGGCGCGAGCCCGCCGACCAGCCUCUCCCCUCCGACGGGCUUCACGCCUCCAGUCGGCUCCAGCCCCCCGUCGUCGUCGGAGUUCACCCCUCCGUCCGGCUUCACCCCGCCAGCUGGAGGUGGCUUUGGACCGGGCUUCGGCACCCCGCCGGGUUCCUUCAAUGGCACCGGGUCGUUCGGGCCGACGCUCAACCCUUACAACGGCGUGCCGCGUGGGUUGUCGCGCGCCGGCUUGACGGCUCUGUCUGCCGCCGCGGUCGCCGUGCUUCUCGUGUCCAUGGAUGCGAUGUGA